AUGACUUGUGCUUGUUUAACAUUUGUUGCUUUUGAUUCUUUACCGGCUCCUGUUUCUCCUUAUUCACGAGAUGUUGUUAAUGGGAAGAACCAUGGCUAUGGGCUUCCAGCUGAUAUAUGGAGCCUUGGGUGCACUGUAUUGGAGAUGCUAACCCGUCAGAUGCCCUAUUUAGAUCUUGAUUGGGUUCAAGCCUUCUUUAGGAUUGGGAAGGGUGAGCCACCACAUGUUCCACAUUCUCUCUCAAGAGAUGCACGGGAUUUUAUCCUGAAAUGCCUGCAAGUUAACCCAGCUUGCCGUCCAACUGCUUCUCAGCUGCUAGACCAUCCAUUUGUGAAGAGACCACUACCGACUUCAUCAGGCUCUGCAUCUCCUUAUAUUGGACAACGGAAUUGA